AUGACUAAUUUAUUAUCGAUUUACGUUGGCUGGCAUUAUGCAGGAACACCAAAUGGAACUUUAGAAGGUGAAGAUCCUACAGCGCUUCGAAAAGACGGCUUAGGCACUGUAGAAAGUACUAAUGAUUUGUAUGACGUCUCUUGCGUUACGGAUUGGUUAUUUGAUCACUAUUCUCAACCAGAGUCCGGAAAAUGGUACCCAAUUGACAACUCAUUGACCAAAAGAGAUUUGACUCAACCCUCAAUUUAUUUGAAACAUAACGAAACCUCUGAAGUGUAUCACUUGAUCUUUAAUCCUUCAUCUGGAUCAACAGGAACAUUGGCGAUUGCACCAACAAACAUCGCAGGAAACUCGACAUUAGCAAAACGCCAAGAUCUUCCAGUGUAUUCUCCAUUGUGUACUGGAUACAUUGCUCUCGAUUUCUGUGCCAACCAGAGUAAAUGGGGAGGCUUCUAUACCAGUGGAGAACUUGAAAAUGAACUAAAUGAGAUUUUCGCAAAUGAUGUUAGUGGUUCAUGGAGAGCAGAUUAUUACAAGAUGUAUACUUGCGAAGAUACUUGUGAUACGCAAGAUUGGGAAGUCUCCUUUAGACUUUACUAUGCUAGUGUAGGUCAAUUCUUACAUUGGACAAAAUGUGAUACCGGUUCUUAG